CCGAGGGCCGCUCCCGCCGCACUCCGGACCGCCGCCGGCCGAGAGGCGCGCAGCUCCGGGCGCGCGAGGAGGAGAGCGAGGGCAGUCUGCCUCGCAGGGCGCCUUCCCGUGCGCGGAUCCAGAGACGAGGAUGAGGCGCCCCCCGCCGCUGCGCGUCGCCCGCCCCACUGGCCGGGUUUCACAAAUCACGCUCUUUCUGGGAUUGGUGCUGCUGCUUAGUGGUAAGGUGCAAGCUGGAGGGAAGUCUUAUACAGGACCUUGUGCAGGAAGAGACUGCAGUUGGGGUUGUGAAUGUUUCCCAGAAAAAGGAGCUCGUGGCCAACCAGGACUUCUUGGGCAGCAGGGAUUCCCAGGGCCGCCUGGAGUGGGAGGUAUCCCAGGACUUCCAGGGCACAAAGGAUAUAAAGGCGAAAGAGGCCAGCCAGGAAUAACUGGACCAAAGGGAGAAGCGGGACAAAGAGGGGUCACUGGUUUUUCUGGUGCAGAUGGCAUUCCUGGUCAUCCGGGUCAAGCAGGAUCAAGGGGCAAACCAGGCCAUGAUGGCUGUAAUGGGACCAAGGGGGACGCUGGUCAGCAGGGAGGCCAGGGACCUGGAGGCUUGCCCGGAUUCUUUGGAAUCCAAGGACCCAAAGGUCAGAAGGGAGAGCCCUUUGUUUUUACUCCGGAAUUAGCUGUGCAGUUCAGGGGAGACACUGGUGACCCAGGUUUGAGGGGCUUCCCGGGACCUCAGGGUGCUCCUGGUGCAGUGGGUAUAUUUGGUCCAGUUGGAAACACAGGUCUACCUGGACCUCCAGGGCCACCAGGAUCUCCAGGACUUCAGGGCAACAGAGGCCUUGGCUUUUAUGGAGAAAAGGGUGACAAGGGUGAUAUUGGGCCCCCUGGUCUACCUGGGCGUCCAUCAACAGGAGAGUUUGUCACUUCAACAGAUGUAAUUUCAAGUGAAUAUAAGGGUGAGAAAGGAAUAAAAGGAAUUAGGGGAGAAGCUGGAAUUCCGGGUCAUCAUUCACUUUCAGCAGAAAAGGGAGAGGAAGGAAUAACAGGCUUUACAGGACAAAGAGGUUUGCCGGGAAUCAACGGUCUCACUGGAACAGAAGGGGAUGUGGGUUUCCCAGGACCUGAUGGCUUCCCUGGCAUACCUGGUCAAAAAGGAACUAAGGGAGAGCCAGGAGACAAAGGUGCUCAAGGACCACCAGCUUAUGCUCCAUAUCCCAAACUAAUAAAAGGUGCAAGAGGUGACUGGGGACUCCCUGGUGCUCCUGGGCCCGAGGGUGACCGGGGCGAGCAAGGCAGUCCUGGAAGUGCUGGUCCACAAGGAUCAUCAGAUGAUAACUCUGUGGGAAGAGGUUUGCCUGGAGAAAUGGGCCCCAAAGGCCUGACUGGCGAUCCAGGUUUCGCAGCUGUUUAUCCAGGUCCUCCAGGAUUAGAUGGCGAUCCUGGAUUACAAGGAUCACCAGGUGUCCCUGGCCCUCCAGGAAGUCCAGAUACUUCUGUUGCAGUGAAGGGUCUUCCAGGGUUUCCUGGUCCUCCAGGAAACCAAGGUUACCCAGGACCACGAGGGCAAAAGGGGUUGAAAGGAGAGCCAGGAGAUUGUAAAUGUGCUGAAAGUACCGAACGAAAAAGAGGCCCUGCUGGGCAACCUGGUCCACCAGGAUUUCCAGGUCCAAUGGGGCCGGUGGGGAGAAAAGGAGACCCUGGUGAUCAAGGCCCACAUGGAGUGCCUGGCUUUCUUGGCUCAAAAGGAUUGCCUGGUGUACCUGGGCCACCUGGACAACAAGGGCCAAAAGGAGAUUCGCGAUAUGUUACCACAAGAGGUGCUAAAGGAGACCAAGGAAUUCCAGGGAUUCCUGGAUAUAAAGGAGAAAAUGGUUUGCCAGGAAGAGACGGCACAGAUGGUUUACCAGGACUACCUGGGCUUCCGGGUGAUGGUGUACGAGGUGAACCAGGGGAUCCUGGUGAACCUGGUCCGUUAGGCCCAAAGGGUUUUCCCGGAGAAGAAGGCUUGCCAGGUGUUGGCUUGCCAGGCCCAAAGGGAUAUCCUGGCCCUCUGGGUGACCCUGGGGUUCCUGGGAGUCCUGGCUUCCAAGGUUCCCCAGGACCUCCAGGCGCUCCUGCUGAAAUAGAUUGUGGACAGACAGUCAAAGUCUUUUUCAGAGGUAACAGAACUGAGCCAAUUCAGUCAGGAACUAGCUGUAUUCAAGCACCAAAAGGAACUCCAGGAACUCCAGGGAUUCCAGGACCAAGAGGUGCAAAAGGUACAAGAGGGAUUGCAGGCGAACUCGGUCUGCAUGGAUCCAAAGGGCUGAAAGGCUCUCCGGGAGAUCAAGGUCGUGAGGGCUUAGCAGGCCCACCAGGAUUUCCUGGGCCCAGAGGAAACAGAGGUGCACCAGGUUUGCCUGGGGAGCAGGGCUUUCCUGGGAGUCCAGGAUUGCCAGGUUGGCCAGGCCCUCCAGGAGUGAAAGGAGUUGCAGGUGACAGACUUGGAGCACCCACAGGCCCCCAAGGGGAUGCUGGGCCGCCGGGAAUCCCAGGACUGAAAGGCCCCCCAGGAGAUCACGGCUUGCCAGGACUGAGAGGAAGUGAUGGCAUUCCAGGUCAGCCUGGAGCUAAAGGGCAUCCUGGGUCUCCUGGCCCUGCUGGCUUGACUGGUUUGCCAGGACCACAAGGACCAUUUGGAUUCCCUGGACUGCCAGGCCAGCAAGGGAUCACGGGCAGAGCUGGCUCACCAGGGUUUGUAGGCUCACCGGGUGCCAGAGGAGAUGCAGGAGACCCAGGGAAACCUGGUCCUGUAGGCAUGAAAGGUCUGGCAGGUGACAGAGGUGAACCUGGUUUCAUUGGAACUAAAGGCAAGGCUGGUGAGCCUGGUCUCCCGGGGGUGGAUGGAAUGCACGGUCUUCCAGGUGUGAAAGGUGCUAAAGGUUCCUCUGGAAUUGGAGGUUUCAAAGGUGCGAUAGGCGUCAGAGGGUGGCCAGGGCAGAACGGAAUCAAAGGAGAGGCUGGCUUCACUGGCUUGCCAGGGGUUCGAGGUUUACCUGGUGACUCGGGAUUGAAAGGUGACCGUGGUGACCGUGGCCCACCAGGAUCACCUCCUAAAAUCAUGCCAAGUAUGAUGCUUGAUGUGAAAGGCGAAAAGGGAAAUGAAGGAGAAAGUGGUGCCCAAGGGAGCUUUGGUUUCAAAGGCACAAAAGGAGCACUAGGCUACCCUGGGCAGACAGGAAGGCCAGGUUCACCUGGCUUUCCAGGUUAUGAAAAAGGUCAGAAAGGUGACUAUGGAAUUAAAGGAAUAAAAGGCAUAUCAGGAUAUAUAGGUGUCUCAGGAGGUCGUGGUAUUUCUGGUUUCCCUGGAGCAACGGGAAGGAGGGGGGAAAAGGGAAUUCCAGGGAUUGAUGGUAUUUUUGGCGAAAGUGGCCAGCCUGGGGAAAUUGGUGAUUGGGGAGAUACUAUAAACUUGCCAGGAAGAGCAGGUUCGAAAGGAGAUGCUGGCAUAACUGGAGCCAAAGGGGUAGAAGGAGCCAAAGGAGGAAAAGGUGAUGCUGGUGUUCCAGGUUUUCCUGGCAUUCAGGGCAUGAGGGGCUCCCCAGGCUCCCCUGGGUUGCAAGGGCAAAGAGGAUUCCCAGGGCAGGUUGGCGAACAAGGUUUAUCUGGAGAUCCAGGAUUUCCUGGAUCAUCAGGUGAAAAAGGAAGUUCUGGGUGGAUUGGGCUUCCAGGGAGUAAAGGUGCUGCUGGCGCCAGAGGAAUCACUGGAUUACAUGGUUUGCCAAGUACCAAGGGCUUUCCAGGAUCACCAGGUCCAGAUGGAUAUGGCCCACCAGGUUUCCCAGGUAUUUGGGGUGACAAAGGUACCGUGGGAGAGCCAAGCCCAAUUGAAGGCAGCAGAGGAGCUCCUGGUCCGAAAGGAGAAAGAGGAGAUCUAGGACAGAGAGGCUCACCUGGGAGCCCUGGACCUGAGGGAAGACCAGGCCUUCCUGGAGUUUCAAACAUAUCUGGAGCACCUGGUGAUGUGGGAUCACCAGGUUUGGAUGGUGUGCCAGGCUACCCAGGACCACCAGGACCACCAGGAAUAGCUGCUCCACCUGGAAGCAAAGGAGAAGUGGGGCAGAUCGGCAUAAUUGGAGAAGAUGGUUCAAAAGGACUUAGAGGAGACCAUGGCGCAGAUGGGAGACCUGGAAUUCCAGGGUUCCCUGGGGCAAAAGGAUAUAAAGGGGAACAAGGAGUCAUGGGUUUUGUUGGCAUAUUGGGAACGCCUGGUGACUUUGGCCCCACUGGACCCAAAGGAGACCGAGGAUUUCCUGGAUUUCAGGGACCUCCAGGUUCCCCUGGACUGCCUCCUGUCCUUCCUAAACUGGUUUCAGAACAAGGGAGCCCAGGUGCUCCUGGAAACAGAGGGCUUCCUGGCACGUUGGGUGAGAUGGGUCCUCAAGGCCCACCAGGAUCUCCAGGUUCUAGAGGCCCCAUGGGUAAACAAGGUCUGCAAGGAAGAGGGGGAAUACCUGCAGCUCCAGGCUUCAGAGGUGAUCAAGGGAGAACAGGACUGCAGGGCCCAGGGGGCUUUGAAGGUGCAGCAGGUGAUCCAGGUACUCCUGGGCUGCCAGGUAUGCCCGGCCGCAGCAUCAAUAUGGGAUAUCUUUUGGUGAAGCACAGCCAGGCGGAUCAAGAGCCCAUGUGUCCAGUGGGCAUGAGCAAACUCUGGAGUGGAUACAGCUUGCUCUACUUUGAAGGACAAGAUAAGGCACACAAUCAGGAUCUAGGUCUAGCUGGUUCAUGUUUGACUCGAUUCAGCACUAUGCCUUUUCUUUACUGCAAUCCUGGGGACGUCUGCUAUUAUGCAAGUCGCAAUGAUAAGUCUUAUUGGCUCUCAACAACAGCCCCUCUUCCAAUGAUGCCUGUACAAGAAGAAGAAAUCCGACCUUAUAUCAGCCGUUGCUCCGUCUGUGAAGCGCCGGCUGUUGCCAUAGCCAUUCACAGCCAAGAUGCCACUAUUCCACACUGUCCUGAAGGAUGGCGCAGCUUGUGGAUCGGCUAUUCCUUCCUCAUGCACACUGCAGCUGGUGCCGAAGGUGGUGGACAGUCACUCGUGUCUCCAGGUAGCUGUUUGGAAGACUUCCGAGCAACACCAUUCAUCGAAUGCAACGGUGCUCAGGGAACCUGCCACUACUUUGCAAACAAAUACAGUUUCUGGCUUACCACAAUUGACAAUCAAUUUCAACACUCCCCUUCAGCAGAUACACUCAAGGCUGGACUCAUCCGAACACACAUCAGCCGAUGCCAAGUGUGUAUGAAAAAUUUGUAAAAAAAAGAGUAAGUCAUCUUGCAAUGGCAAGGAACAAA